AUGCAGGAGUCCAUUGACUGUGUGUUCGAGGUGGCGUCGUCGAUGGGCCUUACGGUCAAUCAUACCAAGAGCUCCGUCUUGUCGAUGGUGCCUGACGGGAAGCGCAAGAAACACCACUAUCUGACCGGAAGGAAUUUUCGGAUAGGUCGGAAGUGGCUGCCACAAACCUCUUGCGUGGAACGCUGGCGCUAUCUUGGCAUCGACUUCCAUGCGUCUGGAUGCGUGACGUUAGAGCAUGAUAUCAAAGUUGCCUUGACCAACAUCUCAAAGGCACCCCUCAAGCCGCAGCAGCGGCUCGAAAUUGUGAGGGGACACCUUAUUCCGAGAUUUUUACAUGGCCUUGUGCUGGGUAAUAUCUCGGAUGAUAGGUUGUGCAUGCUCGACGUCCAGAUCCGGGGUGCGGUUAGGACUUGGCUGAGGCUCCCGAAGGACGUGCCUAUCGGGCACUUUCAUGCCAACAUCAAGGAUGGCGGCCUAGCGAUCCCAUCGCUUCGAGCGACCAUCCCGGACCUCAUACUAAAGAGGUUCGGGCGGCUCGGCUCGUCGAGUUGGUCAGUGGCAAAGGCCGCCGCCAGAUACGAAAGGAUCCGCAAGAAGUUGAGCUGGGCCGAUAAGCAAUUCCGAAAGUUCACCAGAGAGGAUCCGGUCACGGGCCUUAGGUCCGUCUCACGGUUUUGGCGCGAGAGGCUGUGGAGCUCAGUGGACGGGUUCGAGUUACGCGAAUCCGCCCGCACUCCCGCGUCCACGAAGUGGAUUCGGGUGGAGUCUUCACAUGUCUCUGGUCGGGACUUCGUGCAGUUCGUCCACACACACAUUAAUGCCCUCCCGUCACGGGUUCGGACAUCCAGAGGGCGCAGGAUUGGUCGUGAGGCGGAGUUGCACUGCCGCGCCGGGUGCGUGGUUAGGGAGACGACGGCUCACACCAUCCAGCAAUGUUGGCGGACGCACGGGGGCCGGAUAAUGCGCCACGACCGUGUAGUGAAGUUAGUAGCAGACGCGAUGGCUUCAGACCAAUGGUCGGUGGUGACGGAACCUCAUGUCAAGACCUCGAAAGGCCUUCGGAAGCCCGACAUAGUAGCCGCUAAAGGGGGCGUCGGAGUGAUCGUGGACGUGCAGGUUCAAAAGAAUGAGUGCAUUACAUCUGCAUUUUUGGCAUUGGCGCUGCGGGUCAUGCAUACUUGCUAA